AUCGUAUUAAUGAAAGGAUUUGUCUUUUGUUAUCUUAUUUCAAUAGUCUACUGUUGGUGGGAAGUCGGACAUAUGAUGACAGCCUAAAUUGCCAAGAAUUACUUAAAAGAUAAUAGACCAGAUGUCUUAGCUUGGGCAGAUUCUUUAGUUUAAGACUUUAACUCUCUUACAGAUGGAAAAUCAAAUACUUUUGCAGAGGCUGCUGUAUGGUUAGAUGACAUAAAAGAAACAGGAACUGGAUUUUUAAAUGAUUGGCAUUAUACUGACAGACCAAUCAAUCCAGAUGGGUAUAUUUUAUUAUUAGUAUUUAGAUUGUUAAUCAAAAUAGAUGAUUAAGGAAGAAAUAUCAACUCAAUCUAUGCAAUUAAUUAAGCUGUCGCUGUUUUAACAAACCCUAAAACUUCAAAAAACAGACAUACAGUAUUUAAAGCCUAGAUGAUCAGAGUUUUACUACAUGUUAUUGGUGAUAUACAUCAACCAUUACAUGAUACUACUUUUUGGAAUAGUAGCUAUCCAAAUGGAGAUGCUGGUGGGAACUUUAUGAAGAUUUAAGUAUUUAUAUUAUAAAUAAAUAGUUAUCCAAUGGAACUCUUAUGAAUUUCCAUUCUUUUUGGGAUUCUGGUGCUGUUUCAUUUGCUCCUAAUAAUAGUUUUAUGGCAAGACCACUAAGUUAAAGUGAUAGCGCAUAUCUAGAUAAAUGGGCUAAGGAACUUAUAUUUAAAUACCCAAAAUAAAAAUACACAAAUUAUGAUAUGACGUACUAAUAUUUUUUUAUAUAGUAAUCCUUCUGUUUGGACUUACCUUGGAUUUAGAUAGGCAUAAUAGUUUGUGUAUCCAAUGGUAGCAACAUCCAAUUCUUACAAUACUGAUUAUGAAAAAUAAGCUAUUGCUUUUUGUGAAGAAAAUCUUUCAGUUGGAGGAUAUAGGUUAGCAGAAAAAUUAAUUGAAAUUUACGAUCAAAUUAUACAAAAUGAAGCUAAAAUAUCACUAGAAGAAUGAAUAUAA